AUGAAAUUUUUGGGGAUGGCAGGAAACAGAAAAAGAACAUACCAAGACGAAUUCCUUAAUUAUGGUUUUACACAAAUAGAUGACAAUGGUACAAUGAAACCACAGUGUGUUGUAUGUAUGAAGGAAGAAAUAUCUGUUAAAAGACAAAGAUUGAAUAGCAACUUGUUUGGUACAUUUGAUCAGCGUUCAGCAUCAAGGGCUAGCUUUGAAGUAGCCUGGUUAAUUGCUCGAAAUAAGAAACCAUACACUAUUGGUGAAGAUUUGGUUAAACCAGCUGCUGUAAAAAUGGCAGAGAUUAUGUGUGGUCAACAAGAAGCGAAGAAACUGAAUUCAGUGCCCUUGUCCGCAAGAAUUGUGAAAGAACAAAUUUCUAUAUUAGCAGAAAAUGUGAAGGAACAGGUUAUUUUCGAUUUAAAACAGGCUAAAUAUUUUGCUAUUCAGCUUGAUGAGACAACUGAUUUUAGUAGCAAUUCACAGCUAAUGGUAUAUGUUCGCUACAAAGCGAGAGAAAUAGUGUCAGCGUUUGGAUUAAAGCUGCAAUAUUGGAGACAGAAAGUAGAACAGAACAAGAUAUCUUUUUCAAGGUUAGCUUUGUUUUUGGAAGAUUGCGAAAAUAUUACUUUUGCUGACAUCAAGGAUACAAUUGUAAGACAUCUUAUCAAACUCAGAAAGCGGUUUUCAGAUUACUUUCCAGAUCUUGAUACACGUACUGUCAGUUGGAUUGUAGAUCCUUUUAAAUGUGAAAUUGCUAUGAUACCAGAAGAACCUUCAGGUUUGGCAGAAGCAAUUCUUGAACUUCGAUCUAAUACUGAAGCACGUAUUCAAUUUGAGAGUAAACCAAAUCUGUCGUCUUUUUGGAUGUCAAAAGCUGCAAAGGCUUUCAAAAUUGCACAUGAAGAGGCGGUUAAAAAAUUGCUGCCAUUUGGAACAACAUAUUUGUGCGAACAAGGCUUUUCCACUCUAAUGAACAUAAAAACGAAGAACAGAAAUCGAUUAAACGCCGAAGACUGUAUUCAAAUCGCUCUUACAUCAAAAAGUCCCAAUUUUGAAGCAAUUGUAUCGAACAUGAAACAUCAUUUCUGCAAAACGUGA